AUGGCGGUGGUGCCUGCAAGCAUGAACAGACAUCGCCUCCCUUGCCAGCGGGAUUUCCGGCAACCUGCUCCUUCGCGCCGCCGACGUAUGCCUGAAGGAACGCAGGCCCCUCGUCCUGGUGCCGCGAGAAACGCCGCUGCACAGCAUUCAUCUCGAAAACAUGCUCACUCUCAGCAGGAUGGGAGCCGUUGUUUCUUCCGCCGGACCGGCUUUCUAUUUGAAUCCCAAAUCAGUGGAGGAUAUAGUCGAUUACGUGGUGAACAAGACCCUGGUGGCCUUGGGGGUUGA